AUGGUGCUUCAAGAUUCUGCUAUUACUGCAAACAUUUGUGAUUGGAUUAACAAACAUCUUUCGUCUAAGGAUGCUCACAUUUUUUCUGUUUUAACUACUGCAUGGUGUAUUUGGAAGGAUAGAUGCUUUCAAAUUUUCCAGCAAAAACCCCUGAAUACUCCUUGCACUAUCAGACUGGAAUCUAAGUUGAUUAGUGAUACCAAUGAAUUCCUAGCUUCAUCUAGACCUAAUAGUAGUGCAACUGUUGCUCACGUUCAGGUAUCUCCUUCUAAUAGAGAUCUUCCACCUGAUUGUUGUUUAGUAUAUUAUGAUGCUUCUUAUGAUAAACAUACUAAUAAGUCUGGUGUUGGAAUUGUUAUUUUCAACCAAACAUGGGAAUUCAAAGGAUGCAAAACAGUCGCAGGCCAAGCACUAAAUCCAGAAGAAGCUGAAUGCACUGCCUUAUUUGAAGCUGUGAAGUGGGUUAAAGCUAGAGGUUACAACAAUAUUUUCUUAAGAAGUGAUGCAAAGAAUGCAACUUCUUUUCUGAAUAAAAUGGUGGAUCAGAUUAGCUGGUUAAACAAUUCCAUAUUAGAAGAUUGUCUUUUCAUUCUUAGGGAUUUUAUCUAUGUUAAAACUGAGUAUGUUAGUAGGAACCUUAAUGAUUGUGCUGAUAAAGCAACUAAAUAUAGUAGGAAAUUCAAUGUAUCAGGUGAAUGGUUGGAUAUUUAUCCCCCAUUUAGCCUAAACUAG